UCAUCUUUUCCGCGAGCAGUCGAAAUAUUCAAAAUGUGCAAAAUAAAAAUCAACUCAGUUCUUUUCUUAAUAGUACUUGAAAUAUUCUUGGUGACCACAUCCGCCUUCGAAGAGACGCAUGAAUCCGACCGAGAAAUGGAAAAACAAUUCCUCAAUCAGACCUCUAAAAGUGUGAAACCUUUGCUUGAUUAUUUUAGGCCGGUUCGAACUGAGUUAGAAGACAGUGAAAUUAAGGAAAAGAAGUUGAAUGAAUUGAAUUCUGAUCUUAUAGAAAAGUAUCAUGACAUUGUAAGAAUUCAUGAAAAAUUCAUGAAGGAGGAAGCUCUAUUAGAUAAGUAUAAAACCAAAAUACUUAAAGGGGAAAACGAUAUGCAAUUGUGUCAAAACAAAGUUGAAGAAUUAGAAUCUAAGAUUAAAUCACAAAAACAAAUUAUUGACAAAUUAACACCAAUUUCUAAACUUUAUGAUGAAUGUAAAAAAGAAGUAGCAGAAAAAUCCAACAGUUUAGAAUCUUCUGAAGUUCAAUUAAAACAACUUAAAUCCAGGCUAUUUGAAAAGGAUGAAAAUAUCUGGAGACUUAAUGCAAAUAUCGAAAAGACUAGGGAGCAACAUCAAACACUGAUUGAUAUAUUGAAUAAGACGUUACCCAAUACUAUUAUCCCAUCAAGUUGCUCUCCUUUUGGAGAUUCUCCUGGUGUUCAUCAACUCAAUGAUUCUGGCAUAGGUUUAUUCGAUGUUUUAUGCGAUAGUCAGUUAGCUGGACCUGGAUGGAUUGUAAUACAACAACGAGUUGGGGGAAAUGAGAGUUUCAAUAGGAAUUGGGCAACGUAUCGCAAAGGUUUCGGUGCAAUGGAUAGCGACUUCUUCCUCGGACUAGAGAAAAUACAUCGUAUCACGAGUUUGCAGCGAUUCGAACUUUAUUUACAUUUGGUUACUCUGAAUGGAAGCACCUACAACGCUCGUUAUGACGAUUUCAAAAUAUCUGAUGAAGACAGUGGAUAUAAACUGAGUUUGGGUAAAUUCAGUGGAACUAUUAUUGAGGAUGCGAUGAAAAGCAGCGAAAACACGAAAUUCACAACAUUCGAUCGCGACAACGACAUUAAUUAUGGUAAUUGCGCAAUUGACUACGAAAGUGGCUGGUGGCACACGAAUUGUUAUGAUUGUAAUUUAAAUGCACCAUAUGGGCCAGCUCUAAAUUGGUUCGUUGGAUAUAAAAUCUAUCUUAAAGAAGCUAAGAUGCUAAUUCGCCCCAAAAGAAGCGAUGAAGAAGUAAGCAAGUGAAGAGCUGAAAUUCCAAUA